CUCAAUGUAAUGUUGCUUGGCCAGUACCCGUGCAAUUGUGGAUCACAUCGUUCGCCCUUCAAGCAGUACCAGGAAGUGAAGCGCACAGCGCACUACGCAUCACGCCAUGCCCACCCAACCAAUUGACCCUGUGUCUGAUUCGCGCAUUACCCACAAGACAGCACUGCUCAACGGCUAUACGUACCACUAUCUCUAUGCUGAGCCGAAGUCUGGCAGUUACACCCAGACCGUCUUCUUAAUCCAUGGAUGGCCGGAUCUAUCGAUGGGAUGGAGGUACCAGAUACCAUUAUUGGUGGAUAUGGGGUUCAGAGUUGUGGCGCCGGAUAUGAUGGGAUACGGAGGGACUGAUGCUCCAAAAGUACCACCGAACUCAAUCAGUCUCUAUGGUCUCAAGAGAGCUUCUGAUGACAUUGCCGCUCUUGCGAAAGAAGUCGGUGCGCCGAAGAUCAUUCUCGGUGGUCAUGAUUGGGGAGGUUUCGUUGUCUGGCGAGCUGCACAAUGGUACCCAGAUCUGGUCUCUCAUGUCUUCUCCGUAUGCACUCCAUACACUGCCCCGCACAGAGAGUACUUCUCCACUGAAGAUCUUGUAAAAGGUCAGCUGCCUCAAUUUGCCUACCAGCUCCACCUUGCGUCAGGUGAGGUGGAGAAGAGCGUCAAAGAUGAGCAGUCGAUCAAGCAGUUCCUCAAGGGUAUGUAUGGAGCGCGGGGACCGAACGGCGAACUGGCUUUUGACCCAGAGAAGGGCGUGUUGGCGGAGAAUCUACCUGUAAUUGGCGAGAGUAGAAUCCUGAAUGGCAAGGUGCUCGACUACUACGUCAAGGAGUACGCGAAACAUGGCAUCCACCCCACGCUCAAUUGGUAUCGCCAGCGCCGCACAAACUGGGAAGAAGACCAAGCCUUGCUUGACAAGAAGGUCAUCAAACAGCCUGUACUCUUCAUCCAAGCGACGUAUGACUCGGUGCUCAAGCCCGAAAUGUCAAAGAGCAUGGAUGCGCUGAUUCCAAAUCUUACGAGGGGAGAGGUGCCCGCGACGCAUUGGGCGUUGACGCAGAAGCCGGAGGAGGUCAAUCAGAUUUUGAGGGGAUGGCUUGAGGGGCGGGGCCUGGGCAGGAAGAAGAGUAACCUGUGAGAAGGCGUGAUAGUUAAGAGGUUGUGCGAUAAUCGAUCGGGACACUGCUGCUUUUCUUCACGAGUCGUACAACUGAUGCGGUGUACAUCUACCGAACGUUGAGAGACAGCGACUUCGCGGCUGUACCCGUCGCGCUCUAGACGAGCGAUAUCGGCACCAACAUAUUCAAAGUCCUUAGGUCAUACUAGCUACUUGGCUGCCAGUGUCGCUACUGAGUUAGGAAUAUGAUGUACUCGUGGUGUGGUACAUUGGCGUAUGUACCCUUGUAGAGGUGCAUAUGCAA